AUGUCAUCAGCACCUUGGAAAUCGAUCUUAAAAUCCUUAAUAUCGGAGAAUAUUAAAAAUUUGAAAAGCAGUACACCGAUACUACCAAUGCAGUUUUCAACAUAUGAUACAUUAACAUGUAGACCAACAAAUCGUAGUGUGAUGUUUCGUGGAUUUUUAGGAGAAAGAAAAGAUAAAAAUGAAAUAAUAUAUUUUUUAAAUUCUAUAUUAUCAGAAGUUAAUUCGAAAGAAUUAAAUCCAGAAAUUGAAACAGAUUUAUUAGUUAUAACUACAGAUAUUAGAUCUGCUAAA